CGUUGGUGGUCCCAUUGAGUUAGGAGAAGAAGUUAUAAUGGAAGUCUUCAAAGCAAUGUCUACUUCAACUAUACAACUGCUAGCUUCCGAUAAACUUAACGGAGACAAUUACGGAAUAUGGAAAUCGAAUUUAAACACAAUACUAGUUAUUGACGAUCUAAGGUUCGUUUUAACGGAGGAGUGUCCUCCAGCCCCUGCCCCUAAUGCAAACCGAACAGUUCGGGAUGCCUAUGAUAGAUGGGUUAAAGCUAAUGAAAAAGCUCGUGUCUACAUUUUAGCCAGUAUAUCAGAAGUAUUGUCUAAAAAGCAUGAGAGAUUAGCUACUACAAGAGAGAUCAUGGACUCUCUACAAGCCUUGUUUGGACAACCAUCAACAACUCUCAUGCAUGAUGCGGUUAAGUAUGUUUACAACUGCAGAAUGAAGGAAGGAUCUUCCGUAAGGGAGCAUGUUUUGAACAUGAUGGUUCACUUCAAUGUUGCAGAAGUGAACGACACAGUCAUGAACGAAAUAAGUCAGGUUGGAUUCAUCAUGCAAUCUCUUCCGAAGAGUUAUUUUCAAUUCAAAAUCAAUGCUAUGAUGAAUAAGAUUGAAUACAGCCUGACAACCCUUCUGAAUGAACUCCAACUUUACGAAUCUUUGUUGAAAAACAAAGGUUUUGAGGCUGAGGCAAAUGUUGCUACUACCUCAAAGAGGAAAUUCCACAAGGGAUUUUCCUCUNACAGUUCGGGAUGCCUAUGA